GUGGUUAGAAAAGGAGAUUAUUUUGACUAGUUGACCGCAGCCUUAGAUUCAUGCUGCUGCUGCUGCUGAGAGAAGAGGCUGGUGUUGAACAGUAGGGGGCGGUGAUGCUGCUGGUGGUGGUGAACAUCAGGAGGAGAAGAACAAGGAGCUAUGUUUUUAGCAUUACGACAUGUCAACUUGACCUGUGUGUGCUGUACAACGUAAAGCUGCAGUUAGCUGUGUAGCUGUUAAUAGUGUCAGACCAGCAGUUAGCUGAGAAGUCAAGGUGUUUACAGCCUGUACCCUGAACGCAGCAGCUCCUGUCUGUAUGAAGAGGCAGCUCAGACUGUUAGCCUGUCUGAGCUAAAGCUAACUCUGCUAAAUGAGAGGGAGGAGAGCAGUGACUGAACAGGUUCAUUGUCCUGAGUCUUGGUGGUGAAUCAGAUGUGGUUUCCUCACAUGUCCAGAGCGACGUAGGAUCUCAGGACGCAGAAAGUACCGGUGGAGCUGUGGAGCUCUCAGGACUGACGAGUGGGCUUCAGGGCUCACGUCUGCUUCACAUCCAUGUACUCUCAGUGUAGAGAACACCUGAGCAUGGUGAAGUCAGGAAAGCUGGAGCUGCUGAGAGCGCUCAUCAGGGAGUGUUUGUCUGCAGCUGCUGAGGAGAUCUUCAGGAUAGCAGAGAGAACCAUCAUAGAGUAUGAAGAAGAAAUGUCCUGUUCACAGUGGGUGGUGGACAGCCACCACAGACUGCUGGAUGCUGCCGGCUCAUGCAAUGAAGACGUUCUCCAGAUGUCUACCUCUGACGUGAAGCUGCAGUGUGGCCAGCAGCAGCCUCCUGCCAGUAUCAGUGUGAGCUGGGAGGAACCAGACAACACCAUGUCAGAGCCAACACAGGACCGUCACAACCUGAACACCACUCAUCCACAGGCUUCUUCUGCCAGUGAAAAUGAUCAAAGUGAUCAGGAGAUACUGAUUGAUAUUGAUGAAGAUGAGAAUGUGAAGCAGGACUGUGACCUGAAUGUGAAAAUCCUCAAAGUGAAGAAACUGUUUAAAUGUCCUGUUUGUUUCAGUGGUUUUUCCUCCAAAAAGACGAUGGUACGACAUGUCAGGAAGCAUCCAGAGGACAAGUCCUCUUCUUACCAGUGCCAGUUCUGUGAUCGCUACUUCUGCCACAAGUCUGAAUUCAUAAUUCACACCAGGAUACAUAAAGGCUCCAAACCAUACAAGUGCCAAGACUGUGACAAGAGCUUUGAUCAGAGAGACAGUCUGUUCAUUCACAGACAGAAACACACUGAGAAGAAACCGUAUCUGUGUUGUAGUGAAAAGGUGGAUGCAGAAGCUCACCUCAGAUCGAUGACACCUGUCAGUAAGAUGGAAGAAGAACUGGACUUGAGACAGGAUGAAUCUGGCAUCAAGACAUUCCCACUAACUAUCACUCCCUAUGACAGGAGUGAGUUUGAUCAGGAGUCUCUGCAGCCCCUGUGUCUGUACCAAAUCCAGACUGUUGCUGACAUAGAUAAAGACUCUUCAGUUGCUCUUACAGUGGACCACAUUAAUACUGAGCCAAUUGCAGACGCCAACACAGAUGAUCAGCUCCUCCUUUCAGUGAACGCAGGUGAGCAGGGCGAAGGUGAGAUAGGGCCCAACCAUCUCAGCAUAAAGAACAUUCUGCCGAGGAGACCUUCAGGAAAAUCCACCGAGCUCGUUGUGCAGUUUGAAGCAGGAACAGCACAGAAACCCUACAAGUGUCCUUGUUGCACCAAAUGUUUCUCCUUGACUAAGACUUUAGUACGACAUGUGAGGAUCCACACAGAGGACAAACCCUAUCAGUGCCAGUUUUGUGGGCGAAACUUCUGCCAGAAGUCAGAUCUGGUCAAUCAUACGAGGAUACACACGGGGGAGAGACCCUAUCAAUGCCAAGAAUGUAACAAGUCCUUCGCACAGAAAGGCAACCUGGUGGUCCACAUGAGGAAACAUACAGGAGAGAAACCAUAUCAGUGCAAAGAGUGCAGCUGUAGCUUUGGUCAGAAGUCAUCUUUAGACUGUCACAUUCAGAGCCACAGAUAGUUCAAAAGUUUGUCACUGUGUUGGGACAGUACACUGUACCAAACCUCAAAAUGUGCAAGUAGUGCCAGGAGUUGAACUGGGAUUUGUGAAGCUUUCAUAUCCAAUGAUGACCACACAGUGUUUUUUUCAUCAUUUUCAUCAUUUUCUGACACGUCCUGUGCAUUCCACAGACAGGUAACACUGCUGUGAUUACUGACUGUGAAUUCCACUUAAUAUAUAUUGAAUACAUAAUAAAGGGAUUGAGGAGGAUCAUCUUCUGUGUCUCUGUGAUAUGUGACUUCAGAUAAUGUUACGAUGGAGAAUCUGGUUCCAGAUGUGUGUUCAGGAUUUAUCCAGGUUCUCUGUACAAAUGUGUUUGAGUUUGGAAAUUUCAGAGAAAGAAAGUUUUCAUUUUUGUGAUGCCUGUUUUUCUUAAUUACACAAAUCCCAGUGAUGUAAUGAUUUUACUGUGUUAUAUACAUUUCUAUAUAAACUAUUAAAGUUCCAAUGUAAAACCAAGCCUGCGUUUCAUAGCAUCUGGUCAGUGUAUCCUAGAGAAAGUUGGUUGUACGUGCAGUUAGUGCAAGUGCAUUACACAAAGACAUUUUAGUGUUUAGACCUACAGUUUGUGUGGUUUCACAUCAUAUUAGAGGAAGAAUCAGAACAGGGCAUCCUGCACUGUGUGUGGUAUUUCCUGAGGAAAAAUAAAAGUGCAAAAGUACAUGAGACUACAUACACCACUGUCAUUUUCUUCCAACCUCAGGGAACUUGUCUGUAAUCUUUUCAUCCACCAGAAUACACACGUAAUGCUCCUGUCACACUGACACUGUGCAAGAUAACACAGGCUGCUGUGGGCCGCAGCCAGCACCGACAAAAAUAAACCCAGAACUACCUACAUUGACUCACUUUCAGCCCUUUUUUCUGUGGAAAGCCCGCCUCCAUAUUCGCCUCCCAGCCAAUCACAGGCAGCUGGCAUGACGGACAGGCUUCACCACAUCUAAACUGUCAACAUGUUCAUUAACCCUGGACAGACCCUAACAGUACUUCACCCAAACAGUCUGAACAACAUCUCUUCACUAACCCAACACUAACAUACAUAUAACAUCACAGUCUGUCACAAUAUAAUCAUUUGUAAGACCUGCCUUUAUUUUGAAAUUCCCCCAGCAUGUCUUCCUCCACCUGAGUGCAUACACCUCCAAACAAACUGAGAGGUGAUUAAAUGAAGAAAAAUAUCACCUGUAUCCAAAGGUGUAGUGUGUGGCUAUGAUACAGAAGACUGUUAUACCUUUGUUAUUAUUACUAAGUUCUAAAAAUAUUUAGUUUGACUCUGAAUAGACAGGUUUACACAAUAUCCUGCUUUAAUGUUACAAAUAUGAAUUUAAUCUUCUUUCAGUUUUCUUUUAUAGAAGGUGAAAAAUGUAAUGCUCAGUAUAUCAGACUGGUUCUUUAUAGUGAAAAGGAGUUAUCUUUUUUAUUAAAAGAGAAGGUUGUUUUUCAUUUAAAUGUCUGGUUGAGCUCAGGAAUAAAAAUGUCAGAUGAUAUUUUAGUUGCCUUUUUGCGAUUUGAUAUGAAUUGAAGUGAUUGUGUUAAAUCAUGGUAAAUGGACUGUACUUAUGUAGCGCUUUUCUAGUCUUUUCGACCACUCAAAGCACUUUACACUACAGAUCACAUUCACCCCAUUCACACACAUUCAUACAGCACAUAUUCUAUAUAUUUAAUGUGCUUUCUAAACACAUUCACACACAUUCACACCGAUGUGAAACACACACAUCAGAGG